AUGGGCACUGGAGGGAAGGCGGAACGGGGGGAUGAUACAAGGGAGACACAGAUUAGCGCCCAUUCCCCCAGCUACAUCCCCCUCGCUGCUGUUGCCCUCCCCCCCUGUGCUGGUACAGGUUCGCCAGGCUCUAUGAUGGGCACUGUGGGAGAGGAGGAUGGGAAAAGGGAGGAGUUCGCCUGGCUCAAUGAUGGGCACUGUGGGAAAGGAGGGGGGGGGGGUGGGGUGAAAGAGAGUCGUGUUCUUGAUCCCCCCAAUCCAAGCACCUCCUGCAUUCGCCCUGCGUCACCCGCCCAUGCUCGCUCCCACAUCCACCUCCCUGCUCUCGCUCUUUUGAGGCGCCUCAAAAGUCACCUCCCUGCUCUCGCUCUCCCCUGCCCCCCUCCCCCUGGCCAGGCAAAGAGUCGGGGGAGUGGGGUGGGUGGGUGGGCGGCGAAGGGAGCAUCGGCGGAAAGAAAACGCUGCGUGGAGGAAGCAUCGACUUUCCCCCCCGCCUUCUCCCCCUUCCCCCCAAAAUUCCCCAGCCUUCCCCCGAGCGUGGCGGAGUUCCUCAAGGUCGGCCCGCCGAUCUUCUCGGCUCUCGCGCUGUCCUACGGCAUCUGGCUUGCCGCUCGCGCGCAGCCUUUCGGCGGAGAGACCCCGCGGACCAUGACGCGGGAGUGGAUCCAAGCCAGCGACAAGCUGCUUGACGCGUGGCCGCGGGAGGCCGGUUCUCCCGUCGUCAUGAACCCCAUCUCCAGGCAGAAUGCUAUCAAGAACUGA